AUGGGCAAGUCUCCCAACGUCUACAGCUUCCCCGGCGUUGCCGAGCUGGCUCCCACUCUGCGCCAGUACGUUCUCGCGCAACAACAGGCCUCCUUUGAGCGCCACGGUACCUUCAGAGUCGCUGUCUCAGGAGGCUCUCUGCCCAAGACCCUCGCCCAGGCUCUUCUCACCAAGGGCGACGGUACNCCCGCCGACACGGUCGACUUUUCCAAGUGGGAAAUCUUCUUCGCCGACGAGCGCUGCGUGCCGCUGGAUCAUGAAGACAGCAACUACAAGUUGCUCAAGGACGAGCUGCUGGACAAGAUCGACAAGGAAGCCUUUGGCGAGCCCAAGGUCUUUCCCAUCGAGGAGAAGUACCUCGACGACGCCCAAGAGUGCGCGGACCAGUAUGAGAAGCAACUCGUCUCUGUCUUCGCCGCCCGCGACUCGGUCAAGCUGCCCCUCUUCGAUCUUCUCCUCCUCGGCUGCGGCCCCGAUGGCCACACUUGCUCGCUGUUCCCCGAGCACCCUCUGCUGCGCGAGUCCGACGCUUGGGUCCUGAGCAUCUCCGACUCGCCCAAGCCCCCGCCGAAGCGCAUCACUCUGAGCUUGCCUGUUGUUCUCCAUGGCGCAAAGAUUGCCUUUGUGGCCACCGGUGCCGGCAAGAAGGACAUCUUCAAGAAAAUCUUCGAGACCGAGGAGGGCCGCGCUCUGCCAUGCGGUCUGGUCAACGAGGGCGCCGGCGACAAGGUCAGCUGGUUCACCGACAACGCCGCCCUCGAAGGCGUUAGCGUGCCCCGCAGAGGCAGCCUCUAG